CAGCGUGCUGUCGGGCGUGACGCACGGAAUCGCUCGAACUGCGCGAUGUGCGCAGUCAACCUCAGCUGUGUGUCGAAGACGUCCACAGGCGCGACCUUGCGUGAGGUUGUCGAUGACAGUGCGCAGAAGACCGGCUGUCUUCCAGAAAUCGUCAACUACAACGUCGAGGGCCAACAAUAUGCGUGCGCUGGCGAGCUUGUGGCUCUGCAGACGAUGAUCAACAUCCUGAGCUACCUCAAGAUCGACAUACAGAAGGUGAGGAGUCGCGUGGGCUUGUCGUCCACAUAUUGA